GACGGAGCGAGGCCGUUCCCUGCGCAUCCUCGCAGCAUCAUGACUCUUCAGGCUGACUUUGAUGGUGCUGCAGAAGAUGUAAAAAAAUUAAAAACAAGACCAACUGAUGAAGAACUGAAGGAAUUAUAUGGAUUCUACAAACAGGCUACUGUUGGAGAUAUUAAUAUUGAAUGUCCAGGAAUGCUAGAUUUGAAAGGGAAAGCCAAAUGGGAGGCAUGGAACCUGAAAAAAGGUUUAUCAAAGGAGGAUGCCAUGAAUGCCUAUAUAUCUAAAGCAAGAGCAAUGGUAGAAAAAUACGGAAUAUAGAAUAUUCAAAAUAAUUCCCACUAAUAAUUAACUCUUCAGUAGCUGGUGAACUAACUC